AAGGGAGGGCGCUGUUCAGGACAACAAGUCGGUCGAAGGAAGUUCUGAUUUUAUUUUGGGAUGUCUAGCCUCCGAAAUAAAAACAACUCCGAUUAUUGUUUACUUUGAGUCACCCAUUCACAACAAGUUUUCUGAAACUCCAAAAGAGUUAAUAAUGAAGUCUGCACAAUGAGAGGGGACGUUUGUUUCAGGAAAAACCGUUAUCAGUGAUGGAGGAAAUCUGAGUAAAGUGAUCUUCAGAAUCUUGUGUUUUGAUGCAUUGAUUUGGUGAAUGACAUUCCACUCAACAGAAGAGUCAAGCCGACCUUCAAUGGCUAUUCAUGUAACUUUAUUUAGAGUGAACAGGACAAUAGCGUUCACAAUAGCUAUGCGGCAUGUGCAGUGGAUGUGGUUGUGGGGCAGGAUAUUUGUGAUGAUGUUCGUGCUGACUUGGUGUAGUCAUGUCUGUAAAUCUGUUUCAACUCCAGGCGAUUCACACUCAGCAUGCCAAACGACACACAAAAGUGAACUCCCCAUCAGGAUUGUCGGGGGAAGUUUUCUCCAUCAAGGCCGCAUAGAAAUCCUCGCCAGUGAGGAAUGGUCGACGGUAUGCAACAACAUCUGGCACCCGAGCAACGCCGAUGUAGUCUGUCGCCAGCUCGGGUUCCUACAGGCAGAUGUGCUGGGUCCGACUCUGAUGGGCGGGGCACAGUUUGGGCAGGGACAGGGACCGAUGUUUAUCGAGGACUUUAAAUGUGCCGGGAACGAGAGCUAUCUUGGGCAAUGCUCCUGCAGCAAACCCACCACACAGAGCUGCCAGAGGGCGGAGGACGCUGUCGUUUCUUGUCAAGAGAGACCUCUACCAGUCCGUCUUGUGGGUGGAGAGUCACCCUUAGACGGGGCAGUAACAGUCCUGUACGGAAAACAGUGGCUACCUGUUUGUCACGACCAGUGGGGCAUAGACGAGGCCAUGGCAGUGUGCCAGCAGCUCGGAUUCAACUACGCACUGUCGGCAACGGCACAACAUCCCAAGGAGACGACAGGAGCGGGCAGUCCUAAGAGCCUUAGACAGCGGUUGGAUUUCAGUUGUCCGAGAUGGCAGGAGUUCUUGACGCUGUGCAAGAGUAGUGGCCCGAGUGUCGGGAACUGUGUCAUGAAUGCUGGUGUUGUUUGCAGCAAUCAAAGCUCCCCAAAUGCAGGAGCAGUCAUUCGUCUGUCUCCUGAAGAAGGUUCAAGUAAAGGUCGAGUGGAAAUUGACUACUUCGGAACUUGGUGGUCUCUAUGCAGCGAGGGAUGGGACAUUGCAGCUGCGCAAGUUGCUUGCAGACAGCUUGGGUUUCAGUUUGCGCUACCUGUAGAUCUUUCGGAAGACUGCGCGAAGCUUACCAAGUCAAUACUCAUCAGCAAUAUCGUAUGUAAAGGGACGGAAGGAUCGCUGGCGGAAUGCCAGCAGGAGUUUGCGACGGUGGAUGAGUGUAAUUCAGAUCGGAUGGCCGUAGUGGAGUGCAGCGAUAGUGAGCCUACACCAAUGCCAGAUUUCCAAGUCCGACUUAAAGACGGUUAUUUCCCGUACGAGGGUCGAGUGGAGAUUUCAUACGAGGGACAAUGGGGAACCGUCUGCGACGACAACUGGGACUACACCGAUGCUGACGUGGUGUGCCAGCAGCUUGGGUACUAUGCGGCUAGCGCGGCCGCAGCGCAAGCGUACUUCGGCGAGGGCACCGGACCCAUCCUUCUUGACGACGUGGAGUGUCUCGGGAACGAGACGCAUCUCUUGGACUGCGCCCAUCAAGGGAUUGGGAAUCAUAACUGUAAGCACAACGAAGAUGCUGGGGUGCAGUGUCAUGAGAGUAAGAUUCCACUGGUCACUAUGUAUCCUGAAACGGCAGAUUCCUUCCUACCUCUAAUCGUUGUUCUUAUCAAUGGCCUGAUAGCCCUCCUCAUCGUCAUAAGCUGCCUCAUCUACUGCUCGCUCAAACUCUGGGACAGACACGUCCUACGUCGACACAUUGCCCACAUCAGACAAGCGCAGAAUGCAACGGGGGGUGACAACAACACGCCCAUGGAGUAUAUAGACGAUCCGCCGGCGUACAACACGGUACUGGAAAACCAAGAUGUUUACAUCAGGCAGCGGUCUGAAACCCCACCUCCUGACUACGAUGAAGUUAUGAAGCUUCAUCGGGCAGACACGACGCAUGUUUGAGGAUUUUGUACAGUAUUUUUUAUUUUGUUUUAUAAUAUCAAAAAUUAUUAUUUAAACUUUAUAAUGCGAUAGUAAACAAGACUUUAUUAUCGCCGUGCCAUUUUUUGGUUUGUUUAGCGUAAUAGCAUUAAACGGAAGUGAAAUUUU